AUGAUUAUCCCCAUCCGUUGCUUCUCCUGCGGAAAGGUCACCGGCGACCUUUGGGAGCGCUAUCUCCAGUUGAUCGCGGAUCCCCGCAAGACUGAUGGUGAUGCUAUGGACGAGCUUGGCCUCAAGCGCUACUGCUGCCGCCGCAUGAUCAUGACCCACGUCGAUCUUAUCGAGAAGCUUCUCAAGUACACGCCCGAUGGCCGAAACGAGAAGAAACAGCGAUUGAACGAGACCGAGUAG